UUUCAGUCGAAAACCGCUCAAAAAUUGACGAAAAAUGCCGAUUUCGGAGCCAACUUGGGCAGAAUUGCCGUUUCUCUUCAAAUCCGCCGUCGUCGAACUGUUGCCGUACAAAAAUCGCUGCUGCCUCCGAAAAUGCUCAAAAUCGGACCAAUUUCUCGUCGAUUCAACUCCAAAUCACCUUCAUGACGUGGCAAUUCAUACCUGCGAGAAUUACACAGUUUUCACGUAUUCCGAUUCGCCGGACACCGUCUUUACACUGAAAUAUUUCAAGAAUAUCGGCGAAAACGACCUGAAAAUCGAGUAUUCCGAGUCUCCAGUGCUAUUUGUGCCGGGAAAAAAUCAGAAAUUCAUUUUUAAAACGUCAAUCCACGUGGAAAACCUGGCCAGCGAAGCUGAUGACGUGGAUUUUGCACUGGACGAUUUUAAGCUUCUGCUGAAUAGGUUAAACUGCAAAAAGUCGAUAAUCAACAUGAUUCCGAAUCAAUAUAAUCCUAUCGCACAUCCGGAUAGAACCAUCGAAUUCCGUCAAAGACUCCUAGACCUGAUGACGUCAUCAUUCCCGAAAAAAUCGAUAAAAUCCAAGUCACUAGUCAUUCAUUGGCAUCAAGAAACACAAGAAAUCGCUGAAAUUCUGCAAGUUUUCCACACGAAAACCUUGAAAAACUUGGAAUUCCAUGAUAGAAACGCCACGUGGCACAUGGCGCCGAUUAUCGGAACGGAGCAGUGGAAGGGAGCACGAUCGGUGCUCUUGGAGCACCUUUCAGAUGUGAAAAUUGAGGAAUUGAAGGAUUUUAAUGAGAUUCAAAUGCAUGUGAGGGAUUCGGGGGAGCAAGAGCUUUGGACGGUGAUUCAGAAUUUCAUCCGAAAAAACCUGCAUGGCUCGUCAUUCCAUUUCACAUAUCGUCAAGCUGAGCCGAAUGUCGAUCGAAUUCUUGCAACAUUUAAUGUUCCGCCAAGAGAUGAACCAAUUACUGCCAGGACACGAUUAAGAUCCGUGCUCGGAAGCCGAUUCAUUCACACUCAACGUUUCCAGAUGCCAUCUACUGAUCUUAUUCUAGUAGUCAUGAUUUCAGAAAAAGAAGUGAUGGGUACGGUAUGCCACGUGGAUCAGGUCAAUGUUGAAGCGAAAGUCGAGAGAGGACUCUUGAGAUGAAGAAGGAUUUGUGGAAAAUUAAGUUUUAAUUUUUUUUUUUUUUUGAAAAAAUAUCGAUUAUUAUUGCUUUAUUAUCAUCCCCCGAGUGUGUAUAUUAUGUAUAACCUGUGAAUAAACAUUUU